CGGUCAGAUGGUUUUCCAAUUGUAGUACGGACGGUCGUUUUUUUGUGAAAAAUUAAAAUCUUCUGUAUUUUAAAAGAAUUUUGCCAGCCGACAUUGUGGUCUGUUAAGUAAUCAAUUAAGAGAAAACGCGUGCAGCAUACCUGGAGCUGAAGGUCCAUUUCCGUUUCCUGUGUGCUUUUGGAAGCGAGCGUUUCCGCAUCCCGAAUUCUGUGUGCAUUUGUUUACGCCGACCACCACCGCCUCACAUCCCACAUUUUCUGGUGAACUUUUGCCGUCGGGUGGUGUUGUCACUGCCCCGCCGCCGCUCCCCCAAACUUGGGUGCCGUAAAAAAUCGAAACUCCCGCACAGUGGGCUACGAAGUGGUCAUAGUCGAGAUAUUAACUUGAAGUGAAACACGGAGGGUUGUGCAAUCGGUUGUGCCAGCACGGCACACACACACACACCUAGGCGACAGGCGUAUUAAAAUUCAAGCGGACAGCUGAUUUCGGAGCGUGCUGCACCCAGUGUGCAUUCCACUGUGCAAGGGCGGCAAAUAUUCCAUAAAGCAAAACGGCAAACAAACAAAAUUGACGGAAAGCGUAACCAGAAAAAGAAAGGCAGCGGAGAGAAGGCCCUUACUCGUUCGGUUUAUUUAAAGACUCGCCGCCGACCAACAACUGCAAUCAUUUUAUAAUUCAGCAAACAAUGUAAGCUGCUGCCAUGACAAAGGACCAAGAUCCAGCAAUGGUUGUAAUUUAGCCCAUAAUCAACUGGCAUUACCUGGAAAUAAUAACUGCAGAGAUAUCAGAGCUCCCAUUGAAGGCUGCUAAUCGAGGACAGAGAUCAUAAAUCAUUAUCCAGCGCCAGCAAGGAGGCAGCACCCACAGCGGCAGCGAUUGAGUUGCACAGCCCGGAGACAAAUUAAUCAUACGCCGCGUUGGCCGCCUCGUUGUCGAUAUGUAUUCCCUUGUCCAUCCACCGCCGAACUGCGCGGCGCGCACUUGACACGCGUUGAAGCGGAGCCAAGACCGAGAACCACUUAUUGCAGAUAGCAAGGCGGGGAACAGGAGAGUUUCCCGGAGUAGCGCUACGCCUCUUGCAACAUUAUCAUCGGAGCCUCAAGCUUUGAUUUGUUUUUGUUAUUCGUUCGCAUUUAGUUCGAAUUGUUACGCCGGGCGAGCCGCGUUUACUUGGCCUAAGGAAGUGUUCGAUUUCUGUGACAACAAAGUACCGCAUGUGGCUGCUAGGGCUAAAUCCGCUUACCAGCAGCAGUAACUGCUACAACAUCAGCAGCAGCGACAUCAACAGCAACUGCAACUUCGACCAGUUGCCAUCAACCCGUCAAUAUAUUCUCCGCUGGCCUGUGAUAAACCCCAUAUCGUUCUUAAUGAAUGACAUUCGGUCCAAGUCAUUCUAUCGUGCAGGCAAAGCAACAUCUGCAGCAUCCGCGUCGGCCACGGCCAAAUCCACUGCUAAAUCGUUUGAUAAAUCGCAGAACAACAAUCCCCGUACUUACAACAACAGCGGCAAGUCGAAUAAGGUGUUCCUCCACUAUAUACCCCGCGAUCCGCGCCUAAGAAUUUUUAACAAGACCGCCACCCUGAAUAAACCCUUGAAUCGCACCACCCUGAGCGAGCUAAACAUAACUGAAGAUCUGUGCAAUUAUGGUGAAUUAAUUGGUGGUAGUGCUAAAGUGAAUCUAGUGCCAGUGAAAUCAUAAGUGUGUCCGCAAUUCGUAGUGACGCGUUUUUUGUUUCCCUUCCAAUUUGGUUCGAGUGUUUCCCCCACGAAAGCAGCAUCCCGAGAAGCCACGCACUGCAGCGUUGACCAACGGAGACCAGGGUAACAUCAUCCAUCUGCCGCCUACUUAAGACAAAAUCAAUGCUGAAGUCUAAUGCAAACUGUGUUCAACU